AGAGAGGGAGCGCUGAACUGGGGCCAGAUUUAUAACGCGACAUUCGCACUUUUACCCUGGAGCAUGACGGUUCUCUCGGUUCUUUCGCGGCACUUUCGACGCGACCCAAAGCUGCAGGAGCAGCCCCAGCAGCAGCUUCCGAUUUCGAUUCCGAUCCGAUUCUAGCUUCCGAUUGCCCAGCUGCCGAGUCCGAGUCUCCAACUAAUUCGCAACAGAUUCGCCAGAUUCGCGUAUAUAUCCAUUGAUUCGAUUCCGUGCGAGUGCAAUUGCAGCGCGCCCCUCUCGAAAAACACACCCCCCCGUUCGUUUUUCACUGUGUAUACUACAGAUUUUCGCUUCUUUUUUACGAAGGCGGCGGCACGCCCUUCCCCAACGUGCGUGCGUGUGUGUGUGCAUAUGUAUUGGCGGGCUAACGAAAAAUAAAUACAAAGAAAAUCAUAUACAAAUCGUAGAUCGCAAAAACUUUCGAAAUAUUGAAUUGUGAAAACUAUCAGACAAAAAUUAUGUGCCUGCUCGAGAUAUUCAACCCAGUUGGCAACCGAAUAAUGUGCAACAAAAGUACAUAGACAGCAGUCCAAGAAAAACACCUCGAACACGAAAAAAGGCCCUUUGAAAAGCAGCAGCAGCAGCAGAAACACCAUGAAGAUGGUCGAUAAGUCGUCCAAGCUGGUGGAUAAAUUUGCCGUUAUCAGCGGCACCGGCGGCAGCGGCACCGCAGGAGGAGCACUCGGAAUGCCAGGAGGCGGAGGAGGUUCCCUCGGCGGCGGAGGAAUCUCGGGCCCAACGGGAUUGUCUGGAAUUUCCGGAGGAUCCACUGUCCAAAAGCCCGUGCCCAUGAAGCUAUUCGCCGCCUGGGAGGUGGACCGAACGCCACCCAACUGCAUCCCAAGACUCUGUUCGCUGACAAUAACACGUCUCUCCAUUUUGACCCCGCUUCCUGGCGACACCACCUCGCUGUCGCUGGCCGUGAAGAUGCAGAGCUCCAAGAGGACACUGCGCAGCCACGAGAUACCCAUCAACGGCUCCGCCCUGACCUCCUCCGCCUCGCUGCAGGGCAACUCCCCGAUGUCGUCGGUGGGAGGAGGAGGAGCAGGUGGCACUCCGGGUCUGGCAGGCACCGGGGGAUUGACAGUGCCCCUGACGGAAACCGAGCUGGACUUGCACUUUAGUCUGCAGUAUCCGCACUUUAUCAAGAGAGAUGGCAAUAGACUGGUUAUUUUACUGCAACGCCGCAAGAAAUACAAAUCACGCACCAUUCUGGGCUAUAAAACGCUGGCCGAGGGCAUCAUCCGGAUGGACGCGGUGCUCCAAAAGUCGAUGGACAUGAUCAUCGAGCUUACGGCUUCCGGAAAGAAUGGCCGACCGGGCACAGUGGUGGCCUGUCUGCGAGCAGAACGCGUCUCUUCCAUUCCAGUUGACCAUGACAAUAAGAACAACAACAGCGUCCUGCUGGCAGAUCGCGUUGCUGAGUAUUCCGACGAGGACGAGGAGGCCGAGUUCAGUUCGGGCGAAUUCAACGACGAGGCCAACGAACUGGGCCUGAUCCGGGGCUACGAUCCCAAGGAUCCGCGGGACUACAACCAUCCGGCCAAGCAUGAUAUGCGCAAGUAUCGCAACAAGCUGCAGCGCUCCGGCAUCGAAGAUUGCGCUCUAGUUGGCCACCAUCCCGGCAGCAUUCAGCAUCCCGUCGACAGCGACAGUGAGUUCGAGAUGAAGGACAAGAGCUCGUCACGGGCCAAGUUUAGCCGGACGAUUUCGCUGCAGCAGCGGAACUUCAAGCAGAAGAUCGUGGCGCUCCUCAAGCGAUUCAAGGUGAGCGAGGAGCUUGAAGGGGAAUCGGGUCACCGGGGAACGGCGGCGCUGCGCGGAGAACGCGAUCUGGAUGCACUCUUCCAGGAACUGGAGUCGCUCUCCUGCUGCGAGGGCGACGACUCGGGUCCGGACAUGGACAGCAUAUCGGUGGGAUCCACGCCGAAGCCAUCGCUGCGUCCGUUCUUCACCAACUCGCGGAUAAUGCUGCACGACAACCUGACCGGAAACGGCGGGGAUCUGAGUCAAUUGCUGGGCGGAGGUUCGGGACCCGGAAUCGGAACUGCUGAUCGCGGGGGUAACGACAGCUCCGGCAACGAGGGCAAUGCUGGUGGCUACACCGAUGGCCAGAACUCCGAUCCGCAGAACAGUCCGCCCAGGGACAAGGAGUACAUGCGCCUGCAGCAGAUGCAGCAACAGCAGCAGCAGCAGUUGACCCCAGUGAGCUCGGUGGCCGCGAGCUUGGGAAGCGGUAGCGUAAUAACGCCCGCCCAGACGGAGAAGCGAUCGCGGUUGUUCCGAACUUCCAGCAAUACGCCCGGGAUCACGGGAAGUGGCGGGAACAGCGGCAGUGCCAUUAGCGCCUCGGGAGGCGGCGGCAAGAGGAAGCACACCUUGAGCCUGAGCGCCGAGCCGAGAUCCAUGCUGGAGACUUGCCUCUCGCCCACCAAUGUGGAGCCACGCAAGCUGCUGCUCGACCAGCUGAGUCGCGUGUUCGCCGGCGAGGACAGCGCCAUACCGGAGGUGGUGACCAUCAUCAGUCCGCCGGAGGCUCUGGGCGGCAGUGCAUUGUUAGCCAAGCUGGUCACGCUCUUUGCCAACUCCUUCAAGCCGGCCUUCGUGCCGCAGAACACGGCCGAGGUCAAGGCGGUGCUGCAGGCGCUCAUGGCCAAGAUCCAGAAGUAUUGCAACUCGAACGCCAAGCCACCGCACACGGUGAAGGUGCUGCUGAUUGGCGGCGAUUGGCUGCAGGGAGCCACCCUGCGUCACUAUGUGGAACUGAUGGGCGUGCGUCCUCCAGAUUGGCUGAAUCACCUGCGCUUCUAUCUGGUGCCCGUCGGCGGCAGUUGCGGCAGCGUGGCCCGCCAUCUCAGCCAGAUGGAUCAGGCCUAUGCGGUGAUGUUUGGCUCGGACAACUGGACACAGUUGUGCGAAAGGGCGGCGGCCACAGCGGCAGCGGUCAGUGCGGUGACCACGGUGAAUGCCACAGCCCUGACCACGAAUCUGGCCGAUGCUGCAGGCGUGGCCAAGUCGGACAUCGCGGAGCUGGUGCAGCGCAUUCAGCGCUAUCUGCUGGCGGCAGGUCCCUGCACCCAGAUACCCAUUGCCGAGGCCAUGGUCAACUACAAGGACGAGGACUCCUGCCAGAUAUUUGUGCCGUUCGUUAGUGAUGUCCGCAUUGGUUAUUCGGAUGCCCAGGCCUCGCUGGAUCUUGAGGAGAACGUAGCUGCACCCUGCUCUGGCUCUACCUCCAGCUCGGCCAUACCCAUUGGCAGCCAGAGCUCGCCGAAUGUGCAUGGCGUGGUCUCGGGUUCGCCGCCCCAGCAGCAGAGCAUGGGACGCAUCUCGCCGCCGCUGCAGACGCCACCGUCGUCGGCUUCCUCGCAUCGGGAGCGCAAUACCAGUGAAUCGCUGAGUACGCCAUCGUCGCUGCAGCAGCAAACUUUCAGCGGAGCUCUGGCCGCCGCCGAGGCGGUGGAGCUGCAGGUGGACUACUGGCCACUGGUGAGGCCGGGCGAGGCGCAUGCCAAGGAGUCCAAGGGCGGCAUGUCCAAGGGAAGCGAUGCCGGCGGCAAGAAUAGCAUUAAGAGUACGUUUAGGAACCUGCAGGUGUGGCGACUGCCGCAGCAUGCACAGCAAUUGGGUGAUAUGUUCAAUGGACUGACUGUUAGUUUCGCCACCAAGGAGAAGAAGCAGAAGCAGAUAAUGCGCUUGGGCAAGAAGAAGGAUAAGGAGCGUGAUCUCGAGAAGGAGCAAUGUGUGGAGGGCGUGGCCCGUCUGAUUUGCUCACCCAAGCAGUCGCAUCCAGUGCCACUACGAGUGUACAUCGAUGGCACCGAGUGGACGGGAGUCAAGUUCUUCCAGGUAUCGUCGCAAUGGCAAACGCACGUCAAGAACUUUCCCAUUGCCCUCAUUGGCUGCACUCCCAUGUCCUGUGCUGAAUUAUCCUAGUCAUUUUAACCCACAAACCACAGCAACAGCAAAAGCAACAGCAACACAGAUAUACAGACACACAAACUGAAACUGAAGCGUGCUUGGAGCAAGGGAGCCAGUCUUUUGCGCGGCAAUAAAUAUUAUAAAACUGAAAAGAAUGAUAAUUUAUUUAUAAUUAGUAUUUGUAAAUUUUUAGUUAAUAAACCGUUAGCCCGUAACGUUCAUUUAAGUUCAUUUCCGCACGCAACUUGUGAAUUUAUCCGAUACUUUCGACCCGCAAUCAUCAGGCACAGAGACAGACAAAAACAGACACUACUAGUUUAAUGAUAUGCUUAAAGUAAUUAUUAACUCGUCAAAGAUGAACAACGCGUAUCAAAAUAUCCUGUACCAGAGGGUCUAGAACUAAAACCAAACUUUGUAGUUACUGUUUCAAGAAUUUCUAUGGACACGUUGCUCUUGCCUGUUGGCAUCGACUAGCAUACAUACCCUAUAUAUAUUCUCUAACCCGCAGUUCCCAAGCGAAUCGGGAGCAUUAGGCCCCAAGAUGAUCUCAAAAAUCGUUGCUCCCGUCUGGCCAACAACUAUCAAACGUAUCUAAAUGUUAUGCAGAUUGCUAAUGCGAACUAUUUGAAAAAACCAAUUGAAAUAUUAACCAAACCCCCCGUCGUCUAUGUACUACCUAAAUCAGCGAAAGAUAUCUGUGUGUGAAAUUAUAUACAAUACAUACUAUAUAUAGUAUACCUAUCUAAUCUACCAUAUACAAAACAAAACAAAACCAUGUGUACUACUCUUAUUGUUGUGAUUUUUGAAAUUUCAAGGCAGCCCAGUCGUAUUAGCGGAUGUUGAAAAAACGUAAAUUUAUACAUGUAUACAUAAAUCUACAUAUAUUAUAUAUAGCAGGCACUAGCAGGAGACAGUUCGAUAUAUCAUUAUUGUAUAUUAUAUUCUAUUCCCUUCCCCCAAAAAUCGCAUUCGUAUCCCCCGUAGUAGUUGCGAACCGAUUAAAUACGAAAACUCUGCGUGUUUUUCCCCCCGUUUGAACUGAAAAAUAGAUGGAAAGGCGUUCGAGGUGCGUUGAGAUUGCGUUGCAAAGUGAAAAAUAUUGUAAGGCGUGUAAUUUAUAAUUGUACUAUUAAAUAUAUUAAAGUUAAAUACGAAA